CCCCCCCCUUACCAGCCCAUCUACCCCCAGUCUCAGGACCCCUACUCCCACGUGAACGACCCGUACAGCCUCAACCCCCUGCAUGCCCAGCCACAGCCCCAGCACCCAGGAUGGCCGGGACAGAGGCAGAGCCAGGAGACGGGGCUGCUCCACAAGACAGACAUUGCUGGCCACGGACAAGGCUUUCCCUGCCUGUUCCUUUUGUUGCAGCACGUAGAAGACCCCGGUAUUAACAUCCCAGAUCAAACUGUAAUUAAGAAAGGCCCCGUGUCCCUCUCCAAGUCUAACAACAACGCCGUCUCCUCCAUCCCCAUCAACAAGGACGCGCUCUUCGGCGGGGUGGUGAACCCCAACGAGGUCUUCUGCUCGGUGCCGGGCCGCCUCUCGCUGCUCAGCUCCACCUCCAAGUACAAGGUCACGGUGGCGGAAGUGCAGAGACGCCUGUCGCCGCCCGAGUGCCUCAACGCCUCCCUGCUGGGCGGAGUGCUCCGGAGGGCAAAGUCGAAAAACGGAGGGAGAUCUCUGAGGGAAAAACUGGACAAAAUAGGACUAAACCUGCCGGCCGGGAGGCGUAAAGCUGCUAACGUUACCUUGCUCACAUCACUCGUGGAGGGAGAAGCAGUACAUCUAGCUAGAGAUUUUGGGUACGUUUGUGAGACAGAAUUUCCUGCCAAAGCAGUAGCUGAAUUUCUCAACCGACAACAUUCCGAUCCAAACGAGCAAGUCACAAGAAAAAACAUGCUUCUAGCUACAAAACAGAUCUGUAAAGAGUUCACUGACCUGCUGGCUCAGGACCGAUCUCCCCUGGGGAACUCGCGGCCCAACCCCAUUUUGGAGCCGGGCAUCCAGAGCUGCCUGACCCACUUCAACCUCAUCUCGCACGGCUUUGGGAGCCCGGCGGUGUGCGCUGCCGUCACCGCCCUGCAGAACUAUCUCACCGAGGCGCUCAAGGCCAUGGACAAAAUGUACCUCAGCAACAACCCCAACAGCCACACAGACAACAGCACCAAAAGCGGCGACAAAGAGGAGAAGCACCGAAAGUGAGGAUCCCCCACACACACUCCUCUCCCUUCCCCCUCACAGCCCAUCGAUCCGUUCAUCUCCCUCCUCCCUCUCCCCGGCACCCAGCACUCCAGGCUACAGCAACAGAAUGAGCGUCCUUUUGCCAGUCCUGUCCUCUGACUCUGCAGGACUGCUCUGCCCUCUCUCCACACCCCUUCCCAGCAUCCACAUUGCCAUUUGCUCCUGCUUAAAUUCCCCUCCUCUUCCCACUGCCACCAUCGUUUUACCCCAGUUUGGAGCCUAAGAGAACAGAACAGGGGGACGGAGCCAGCAAAGAAAAAAGUUCUGUCUUGAGUUUGUGAACUUUUUUUUUAAAUAA